GGGUACGGGAUAGCAGGGACCGGCAACGGAACCGGCACGGCCCCAGCGCUAUGUCCGUCAGCAGCCACGAGAACCGGAAAUCCCGCUCGAGCUCCGGCUCCAUGAACAUCCACCUCUUCCACAAACCGGGCCACGCCGACAGUCUCCUCACCCAACUGAACCUGCUCCGCCAGCAGAACCUCUUCACCGACGUGGUGCUGCGGGCUGGGAACCAGAGCUUCCCCUGCCACCGCGCCGUCCUGGCCGCCUGCAGCCGCUACUUCAACGCCAUGUUCAGCGGGGGCCUGAAGGAGAGCAGAGAUGCCGAGGUGAACUUCCACGACUCGCUGCACCCCGAGGUGCUGGAGCUGCUGCUGGACUACGCUUACUCAGCCCGGGUGCUGAUCAACGAGGAGAACGCGGAGUCCCUGCUGGAGGCCGGGGACAUGCUGCAGUUCCAGGAUAUCCGGGAUGCUUCGGCUGAUUUUCUGGAGAAGAAUCUCUACCCUGGGAAUUGCCUGAACAUGCUGCUGCUGUCCGAUGCCCACUGCUGCGAGCGGCUGCUGGAGCUGUCCUGGAGGAUGGCCUUGGCCAACUUCACCUCGCUGUGCAAGACUGAAGAUUUCCUCCGACUGCCCAAAGACAAGCUGCUGGAGCUGGUGGAGAGCGAGGAGCUGGAGGUAGAGGAUGAGACGCUGGUCUACGAAGCCGUUAUAGGCUGGAUCCGCUACGAUUUGCCCCGACGCCACGAAGUUCUGCCCGAGCUGCUGCGCUCCGUCCGCCUGGCCCUGCUGCCCGAGUCCUACCUGCGGAAGCAGGUGGCCUGUGAGAAGCUGGUGACCAGCCACAAGCUGGGGGAGGAGAUCGUGGCCGACGCCGUGCGGUGCAAAAUGAAGAUCCUGCAGAACGACGGGCUGGUGACGGGGUGCUGCGCCCGGCCCCGCAAGGUCAGCCAGGCCCUGCUGCUGCUCGGGGGCCAGACCUUCAUGUGCGACAAGAUUUACAUGCUGGACCAUAAAAGCAGCGAGAUCAUCCCUCGUGCCGACAUCCCCAGCCCCCGCAAGGAGUGCAGCGCCUGCGCCAUCGGCUGCAAGGUCUACAUCACCGGCGGCAAGGGCUCCGAGAACGGCGCUUCCAGGGACGUCUGGGUGUACGACACCCUCCACGACGAGUGGGCCAAAGCCGCUCCCAUGCUGGUGGCGCGGUUUGGCCACGGCUCCGCCGAGCUGGACCACUGCCUGUACGUGGUGGGGGGUCACACGGCCAUGAGCGGGGCGUUCCCGGCCUCUCCCUCCGUGUCCCUCAAGCAGGUGGAGCACUACGACCCUCAGCUGGACAAGUGGUCGCUGGUGGCUCCUCUCCGGGAAGGCGUGAGCAACGCCGCCGUGGUGGGAGCCAAGAUGAAGCUGUUUGUUUUCGGGGGCACCAGCGCCAACCAGAACAAGCUGCCCAAGGUGCAGUGCUUCGACCCCUGCCAGAACCGCUGGACGGUGCCCGCCAGCUGCCCCCAGCCCUGGCGCUACACGGCCGCCGCCGUGGUGGGCAGCCACGUCAUCGUCAUCGGCGGGGACACGGAGUUCUCGGCCAGCUCCGCUUACCGCUUCCACAGCGACACCUUCCAGUGGUCCAAGUUUGGGGAUGUCACCGCCAAGUGCAUCAGCUGCCGCGCUGUCACCUCGGGAAACAGGCUCUACGUGGUGGGGGGCUACUGCGGGGCUCAGCGCUGCAAAACCCUGGACUGCUACGACCCCUCGUCCGACACCUGGAGCAGCGUCACCACGGUGCCUUACGCCCUCAUCCCCACCGCCUUCGUCAGCACCUGGAAGUACCUGUCUGCCUGAGCGUGGCGAGGGACCUGGAAGGUAAAAUAGCUGUGGGUCAGCCAGAGCUCCUCUGUAGCAGGUUAAAACUUGAGGGGCAGAUGCACGUGGCUCUGAACUGGAGUUGUUCCAGCCUCGUGUGAACAUCAGCUCCAAAACUUCAGGCUGGUAGUGUGGGAUCUAAAACCCCUGCAGGAGAGAGAUCUCUCUAGGUGCUGAAACACUGCAGGGAGAAAAUCAGUAUAAAUAACAAGACUCUGAACCUGGCAUCUUGGCCUGUGCAAGGAUUUUGGGGAAUGCUGUGUGUGAGGAUUGGGUGUCGUGGCUGGGUCAGGAGGCUGGAGGAGUCGAUGUUUUUGCAGGCAGGCUGGGGACAGACCCCGUGGUGCCACCGGCUCCGGCUGCUGCUUUUAGCACAGCCUCCUCCUCCUGGUGCCACGCUUAAUCUGCCAGUGGCACCCAAAUGUCUUGUGGGACGCCAGGGCUGUGAGCUGGUGCCAGAACAAGAUUAUAGCUGGGAUUUAGUCCCAGAAUGGUGGGUAAUUGCAUUUAUAAGACAAGCCUUGUCUAUGUAUAAACACAGGGUUUCUCUGCUUCUAAUUAUUCCCUGGUGUCCCUUUCAUGCCAUUGCUUUUCUGCUACACAGAGAUUGACUUUCAACAUUUGCAACUGGAAUUAAACCUUUUCUAAAGGCUUUUGGCAGAAACAAUGCCAGUGAAUCAGAGCCCCUGCAGGGUUUUCCUUUUCUCCUUGCAAGAGUCGUACUGUCUAAAUAAAAUUAUUUACUGUAAUAAAAUAUCCAGUAAUACCUUUAGAAAAUUCCUGGCUGUGGAGGGAAAUCAGCAGCAUUGCUGGGAUUUCUCUGGGGUUUGAGGCCUGAGGAGUGGGCUUGGGGUUGCUGUGCCCUGGUCUCACAAUGCUCUGCUCUGCACCACAGGCUUCACACCUGAUUUUGCCAAGUGCCUCCCUUGGCUGAGGAUGCAGAUGGAAGAUGCAGGCAGCAGGAGCACCUCCUCCAGCUGGAGUCUGUGAGCUGGGUGCCAGCGUGGAGCCCAUCAGCACCAGCAGGGCUCAAGGCAGCUCGGCUUUGGCUUUGAAUUGCUUCUGCAAAUCCAUCCCCUUGGUCAGGCCAGGGAGGGGACAGGCACGGGGGGACCUCCUUGGGAUGACAGCUUGUGCUGUCCCCUGAGAUAGAAAAAGGUCUCCAAGUUUUCUCCUAACUUGUGUGAUCUCGGAGCAGGAACCAGAGGGAUUAUUUUGGUUUCAGUGGUACUAGAAAGGAGAAAGGACACUCCUGACCAGCUGCAGGACUGCACUGCUGGGACUCAGAGCACCCAAGCAGUAGCCUGGAAUGUCAGAGCAUGUGAAGUACUUUGCCCACGGGCUGGUUCUGUACAUUUAUUUCUUUUUUAUACAGCAGUUUUGUUUGUUUAUUACUCAGCCUGGAGCUGUUUCAAUAAAUCUGAAUAAAAUCCACCGUG